AUGGACCCCAUGACGUCCACAAAAUAUGAUAACGAGGGCUAUUCAACUGACAAAACAAUGGAAAACUGCGUAAAUCCAUCAAAUAUGAAUAUAAAGCCGGUUAUAGACAACCGGUAUAUCCAUAGUAUUAAUUUCCUAUGCCAAAUUCGUCAGUGGGAUAUUCCAAAAUACGAUUAUAUUAGAAAAAUGGUAAAAGGGUUAUGCGGCGAUGAGGCUUUACAUACAGCGAUAUGCUCCACGAUGACUUACAAAUCCAUAGGCUACGGGAGAAAGAAAAGUGUUGCUAAAGCUGAAGCGGCUCAAAAAAUGUACGAACAAAUAUUCAAUUUGUCAAAAGACGAAAUCGAUAACAUUCUGCAGCAAUGCAAACAUAUAAUUCCAGAUAAAAAUUUCGAUAACAAAAAGACAUUGGUGUUUUCUACUUCACCUGCCGUUCUGAAAUGCGUCAUAGAGUUUCUUGAUCGAUUACACAAUAGUCUUUGUCUAAAAGAUAUAAAAGAAUUAGAUUCAUUUGAAAAUAUUUCAGCCUUUGCUAUGUUGAACACACUCGCAUCAAGAGAAAAAUUGAGCUUUACAUACUUCCAAAGUGAAAUUCCAGGCGUAGUAAAUAUGGCAGAAGUAAACAUAAUUGACGGUUUGCGGUUUGUUGGUAUCGGAUUGACCAGUGAUCAAGCUGCAGAAUCAGCCGCUCUUUCUGUUUUAACGUACUUAAAGUUAAUGUCGUAA